ACCUCCAAUGCCAUAAAUAAAGCGAGUUGGACAAAUCCCGCUGAACGGAGACGCGUGUCUUCUUCAAACAAACACACAGGGAAGUUACAGGACACAAAAACCAGAUGAUUUCUGCUCUACAAAAGAAAAAAUCCAGUCUCACAAUCUUGGUAAAACUGUAACAAGGAGAGGAGGAGGAAAAAAAAAAGACGACCGGGAGAAUUUCUCACUGGACAGGUGUGUGCGCGCGCGCGCGCGUCUAUGUGUGUGUGUCAUGAUGGGCUCUCUGGAUCAUCAAGCUGAGGCUCUUAAACUUUUACACGAAUUUCAUUCAAACCGAAGAGUUCAGAAUGACACCGACACGAACAAAACACCCGUGUCUGUAGCAGAAAGAGCCAGGGAAAGUUUAUUGGCUCGCUUGGUGGACAUUUUAUCCCAGAUCAUAUCCAUAGAGCAGGAUCUAAUGAGGAAUCUAUCUGGAGAGGUCAAGCGGUUUCUCCGGCACAAGGACAGCGUGGAUUUGAAGAACAUCUGCUUGAGGAUGGCUCUGGGUGAAAGCGGCCAUGAGUUUGACCGGAAUCUGAAGGAGCUCCGGCUCUGUCUGCAGCUCAUAGUCAACAACUUGCUCUCAGUCGUGCGCGACGAGAAUAAUUUAUCGUCCACAGGAGCCACCCGACGGCUAAUGGGCAUAUCCAUCACACUGCCUGACAUCUGAACUGCCGUCUUAUCUGGAGAGGUGCCUGCUUUUCACGCUGAACUUGACAGCAGGAGGUGUUUUUUUAUUUGGGGGUCUUCUUCUUUAGCUUUUAAACGAGGGUGAGCUGUGGAGCACCCGGAGCUCCAGCAGGAUCCUGGGCUUGGCUUGGAAGAACUGGCAUGACUCCAAACUACCUCAGAAGGUUGAUGAGUAAAUGAGGUCUUUUAUUAUAUUUGUGAAGGCACCAGAUCCCCGAGUAUGUGACGUCUGAUCUAUAAGCUUCCACUAGAAUGUCAGUGUUUUAGAUGUUCAGAAUUUCCAUUGUAAUAAACUAGUUUUCUCCCCCCAAUCCAUCUAUCUAUUUAUUACGCUCAUUUGGCUGAAGGUUUCUCCCGGAGCAUUUUAGAUUUGAGAUAGGAUUACCACUAAGCUUGUUUUAUCCUGGUUUUUGGAUUCUUCCCAAAGCCUUAACCGCCUAUGUUAAGCAACACUAAUGUAACUUCUUGGAAAAAUGUACUUUUUUGUGGUAAUUUUAUUUUCAGAGUAAUGUUUUUAAAAGCACAACUAAUUUGUGUACAUCUACCUUGUUUGGAGACAUGAAGGUUGUAUUGAAGUCAGUGUUAUUUUCAAUGCAAAGGCGUAUCUCCAUUGUGAUGACCUGAAUCGUUUCAUGCAUCUACGCCUACUCAUUAAAACAGACUUCUGUAA